UAUUUUUAUGAAAAAUAACUCCAUUUUCCAAAACCAAAAAAUGUGCCAGAAGACUGGCACCGAUUUGCAUUUUUGCAAAUCCCUUUAAUAUCUGGCUUAAUAGAAGACAGCUGGAUUCUCAGAUCUGCCUCUGCAUUUUGCAAUAUCACGUGACAUGUGGUCUCUGGAAUACUCCAUGGUACACUCGUGAGGGGAAGAGAGUGAAAAAAGCAAAUUACACCUUCGCAUUAUUAUGAAAACAGUUUUUAGAGGCCGGCCCAGUGGCGCAAGCGGUUAAGUGCGCGCGCUCCGCUGGGGCGGCCCGGGGUUCGCCAGUUUGGAUCCCGGGCGUGCACCGAUGCACUGCUUGUCAAGCCAUGCUGUGAGGGCAUCCCAUAUAAAGUAGAGGAAGAUGGGCACGGAUGUUAGCCCAGGGCCAGUCUCCCUCAGCAAAAAAGAGGAGGAGUGGCAUCGGAUGUUAGCUCAGGGGUGGUCCUCCUCACAAAACAGAAAACAGUUUUUACUGUGCAGACUCCCUGAAAGGGUCUUGGGAACCACAAAGUUUCCCGGGAACACACUUUGAGAACCACUGAAGUAGACUCAGCAAAUGUCUGGUGAAUGACACCAUUCUGAGUUCCCAUAGCCCUUUAUUCAACAGCGAGCAUGGCAUUUAUUUCACAGAUUUAUAUUGUGUGUGCGGCUGCUUAGCAAGAGGUCUGAGCUGGAAGUGUGGGUGUGGGCUCGUGGAUAGAGGGGCUGGUGGAGGGCAUGAGCCUGGAAAGAUGUUCUGGGCGGGACCCCAUCAUUGAACAAAUGAGCAGAGGCUAAGGAACGAGCUGGAAAGACUUAGGAGGAGACUCAGGCCACGUUGGACAACCUAAGAGAGAAGCGAGGUUCAAGGAGGAGGUAGUCCAAAACUUUUUGAUUUACAAUAACAAGUAAGGGAGUGGUCCACAGUGUUGAAAGAAGCAGAGAGGUUGUGUGAAGCGAGGAAUGUGGAGAUGCUGUUGGAUUUGGCAGUCAGGAGGUCACUGGCGGCCUCGAGGGCAGUUUCGGUGUUUCUGCAGUCAGUGGGCCAAGGCGGAGUGGGGGGGGGUGACGAGUGGGGGCCGCAGCAGAGGCCUGGGGGCUGGCCGAGAAACGCCCGUCACCUGCCAGACCCAGUCAUUGUUAGUUCUGUGCAGGUUCCGGCACCACGGGGAGAGGCCCUGCAAGAGAAUGGGAAGCCGAGCUGGGAACCGAGAAGAGAGACGGGAAUGCUGCGGAAGAUUCCAGUAGGAGACUAGGAUCUGAAGAUAAAGAACCCGUGAUACUGAGAAGGGAUGGAGUGAAAAGACAGCUCAUGCCAGUGGUGCUCUGCCGGGAGGAAGCCGGGGCCAGGACCCUCGCCAGAGGCCCGGGGGGCCCAGCAUGGAGCGCUCGAGCAAGAUGGAGUUCUUCCAGAAGCUGGGCUACAGCCGGGAGGACGUGGUCAGGGUGCUGGGCAAGCUGGGCGACCAUGCCCUGGUCAACGACGUGCUGCAGGAGCUGAUCCAGACCGGCAGCCGCCCUGGGGCCCGCGAGGCCAGCGCCGGGCCCCUGCUCGUCCCCAGGGGCUCCUGCGGGACCCCCGACUCCGCUCAGCGUGUGCUGGGGGCCGAGCUGGAAGAGGAGUGCGGAAGCCCAGCCAGCUCCUUGCGACCCAUAGUGAUCGACGGCAGCAACGUGGCAAUGAGCCAUGGAAAUAAAGAAGCCUUCUCUUGCCGGGGAAUCCAGCUGGCUGUGGACUGGUUCAGGGACAGAGGACACACCUACAUCAAAGUUUUUGUCCCAUCCUGGAGGAAAGACCCACCAAGAUCCGAUACCCCUAUUAGAGAGCAGCACGUGUUGGAGGAGCUGGAGAGGCAGGCUGUGCUCGUCUACACCCCGUCCCGCAAGGUGAACGGCAAGCGAGUGGUCUGCUAUGAUGACCGCUACAUCGUGAAGGUGGCCUACGAGCAGGACGGCAUCAUCGUCUCCAACGACAACUACCGGGACCUGCAGAGCGAGAACCCCGAGUGGAAGUGGUUCAUCGAGCAGAGGCUGCUCAUGUUCUCCUUCGUCAACGACCGGUUCAUGCCUCCUGACGACCCGCUGGGCCGCCGGGGCCCCACCCUGAGCAACUUCCUGAGCAGGAAGCCAAAGCCCCCAGAGCCAUCCUGGCAGCACUGCCCCUACGGCAAGAAGUGCACCUACGGCAUCAAGUGCAAGUUCUACCACCCGGAGCGGCCGCCCCACGCGCAGCUGGCGGUGGCCGACGAGCUGCGCGCGCAGACGCGGGCCUGGCGGGGCGCGGGCGGAGAGGAGCGGCCGCGGGGCGCGCGCGGGGAGCAGGGGGGUCCCCGGGGCGCCCCCGCCGCGGCCCGGCCCGGCCCCCGGGAGCCCGGCGCGCGCAGCCUGCCCCCGGCGCGGCGGGCGGCGGCCGUGGCGGCCCUGGAGGGCGGCUUCUCGCGGCUCGCCCUCAGCGACGACCCGGCGACCCUCGGGCCGCCCCCUCCGGGCCCCGGCUGCGCCCCCGCGCCCCGGCCGCGCGGUCCCGACUGGGGAGGCCCGCCGGCCCUGGCCGGCCUCCCGAGUGCCCCGAGCGCGUCCGGGCCGCUGACCGGGCCGCGGGGUGGGGCUGGCCCCGGGGACGCGCAGAGCGACCUGCUCCCCGCGUGCCGGCCGCCCGCCGAGCCCUGGGCCCUGCCUCCGGGCGCCGGCCGCCUGCCCGGCCGCUCGGCCUGGGCGGAGCCGCGCUGGGGCGACGGCGCCUGCGGGGGGCCCUCGGGGUCCGCGCGCCCCGCGGCCGGCGACGAGGACGCGCGCGCCCGGGCGCGCACCGCGCUCUGCAGUGUCUUCCCGCCGCAGCAGGUGGACAGCGUCAUGGCCCGCUUCCCCGCGCUCUGCGAUGUCACCAGGCUCAUCCUCCUCAUCCAGAGAUUCCAGUCGUCUGGUGCGCCCGUGGGAAACCGCUAAGGAGCCAGUCCACGCCACCGCACUGACGUCCCGGUCUUGCCUUUCACCUUGGCCGAGUGGGCCCGUGGGUGCCAGCCUGCCCCUGGGUCGGCCCACCCCGAGGGACCCCCUGUUUUUUGAAGAUGGUCAUGGAAGCCAACUUCCUCACCCCCAGCCGUGCCCACGGUGGCACUUGGGGAUCCCCGCUGAUGAUGCAGGGCCACCCACUGGAGUUCCACAUCCUGCAGAAUAAGGCUGGCUGCUUCUAGGGAGCCAGUGAUAUCUCACGCCUGGAAGACUACAAGUCCUGCUAUGGCUCCAAUGGUUUGUCUGGAACAUUCCACUUGGGAUCCACAAGUGGGUGACAGGAUCAAUUUAGUGGGUCAGCCCAGAAAUAGAGUGGGAUAGGAAAUCUCAGAACACACCCCACAUAAUCAGGCUAAGAACGAAACUCCUGUUUGUUAGCUACGUGCGUGCCUGUACACCCUUGGUGGCGGUUGAAUGUGAUGUGGGUCAUGGGCACAAGUUUGAGAAAUCCUGGUAAAUGGCCUUCAAUUUCAUGCAUCAAAUCAUGUUUGAAAUAUGCGGUCAGUUGGCCGGUGCAGGUUUUGGCCCCUGGAGGUUUUCGUAUGAGCCGUUUCUAACCUCAUGAGGGGAACCUGGAGUUCUAGACUCGGUGUGUAGGCUCCACUUAUCACUCUGAAAUUGUGUGGCUGUGCUGGCCUGUGGAGGUGCGACAGGGGCACGAUGUCUGAGGGCCUGCCUUUGGGGCCUUCACCCCCUUCACACAACACACAGACACACCACACACAAAUGUCACACACCACACUGCUUGGCUUGGGGCUAAGCAUCCCGUUCUUUUCAGCCGUCCAUCACGGCAGUUUCCAGCAGGCCCGCUGCUGGCUGAGCCCUCUGAGCCACACCUCACACUGAGCCAAAGCCCAGUAAGUGAGGACUUCUGCUCAGAAACCUCCAGGUGGGUCAGCGGAGAGCAGGAGCCUCAGUCAUGGAGGUUCUGUGCCACCUUCCACCACUGCUGUUUCUUCCGGCCACCUUUCGCUUUGCGUUUUGGGGAGAAGGGACGCACCUAUUUGCCGUGGACAAGAAAUGAGACACUGCUGCCAGAGCAUGGGCCCCACGUCCUCAGCGGCCCUGGCAUCGCCGGGCAGCGUCCACUCCUUUACUGUGGGUUACCAGUCCAGCUGUGCUAGUCUUGGCUCGUUUGUUCAUGAGGGGCCUUGGUGGCUCGGCCAUCGGGGAGAGCGCGAGGCACCUCCCAGUGGAAAACCAGCCCCCACCCCCGCAAGCUUCCUGAGGACUGGCCAGCGCACAGGAAACUGCUCACUGCGUUACUCGGCUUUGUGCAUUGUUGGCACAGCCCGGGGUGCGCCCGGAGAAUCCACUCCAGGCCCUCUAUUUCAAGGUCAACACUCCAACGGCAGUGACGUGUUCCCCUGUGAUCCCGUUCGUCCUUUAAACCAGAUCUCAGCAUGGCUUCAGCCCCAUCUGCUCCUCACUUCAUUUUCCAAAGAGGACGCUGCACCCACAAUUGUGCCUUGUUAUUUUGGGACCUCAGUCCUGAAGAGGACCCCCUCUUUCUAGAUAAACUGGAUUUCCCUCAUAGUGUUUUCUUUUUCUUUUGACAAGACAAGCUUUAUGUUAGAGCUGCUGUUGUCUCUUGGGUCCGUCUCCUGACGUGGAACUGUGGUGUCGCUGAUUUACAGUUGGAAAUGUUUAAACUGCUUCCUUUGAGGACACGUUGGAGUUUUAGUAAGCUGUAAAGCUAUCUUAUUUGGUUCAUUGUGAUGAAGACAAGCACAAAAACAAGUGAAGAAACGGCACAUUUCAAUGUAAUCCCCUUUGGAAUUUUUUCCAAAGUCUUCGUAUGUCUUUGUGACACAAAACAUGGAUGGGAUGGGUGAACGAAGUGUUCCUGGUCGCACAGCUGUUACCGUGCUCCAAAAAUAAACCACUUUUACCCAGA